UUUUUUCCUUCUUCAACAGAGAGGACUUCCAUUAGCUACAGGGUGAUCCCAAAAAACUCCCAGAAUCCCCCCAAAAAUGUAUUAAUUCCUAUAAAGGUCCCGCAAACGUAAUUUUCUCUGCCGCAGUGUAGAAAAAAAGAAGGCAAAAAAACCCAUCUAAAAAUAAGUUAAGCCGCUAAUAUUCUAUUUUGUGUUCUAUUCUACUGAUGUUUUAUGGCUGGAGGAAUAGCUGAAUUGUGCUUGAGAAAGAACAGGAGAAGAAGGACGAAGACCGCACUCAACUACUUUUCCGUGGGCACUCAUGCAAGAAGUGAUCGGAUUUCCAAUAUCUCUGUGAAUGAGGAAUCCAAUCCUCUUUUCCAACUCGCAUCCAUUCCUCUCUGAAUGGACAACGGGUGGAUCAAAGUACAAAAUCUCAGGAGUCCCCGCAUGGAGGAUGAGGAGGAUGAUGUGUUUGAGCCAGACCCCCACUGCUGGCAUACCACAUUCAAGGAGAUAAAGUGUGAAGAGCGGGCUACACAAACACCUGGCCCCGUCCUGGCAUCAAACUACGGCAUGCUGCCCUGUGGAGUCGCAGAGGAGCCAAGACCACUCUUCUACGGCAACGCAGGAUUUCGAUUGCACUUCCCGGCAAACUUUGAGCUUGUUAGGGAUCAGGUGGUACCGCUACUAGAGAGUGAAGACAGGAUGGAGCAGCUACGUCAGCGACAGCCUGUGCCACGCAGCGUGGAGGUCUGCAUCGGUCAGAAACUCCAACUGAUCGGAGACCAGUUCCAUCGGGAACAGUUGCAACUGUAUCAUCGAAACCAAAGGAACCAAAGGGGGCUGCUGUGGUGGCGCCUGGCCACAGCUCUGCUGGGCCUGAUCUUUGACGGGGGCUUCUUUGCUGGACGAGGAGAAGCGAGACGGAGUGGAAGAGUCGGGAUGAGAAAGGUCACCGCGGGACGGAGACCACCAACUUUUAUACAAGGUUUAUUUCUUUUCAAGAAGAUGCCAUGAUACCCUGAGAUUCUUCUACAGGACAAUGUUCAUAUUUUGCUAUAAGUGUGGUGUAGUAGUUUUGUACAGUACAAUGGUCUUGUUCAAUUUUUUGCACUUCACAAUGUAUUCUUUUUAAUGACCUCCACAGACCCUGGGAAUGCCUUAUUCUAAUGUUUCCUGCCGCAAAGAGUAUUGAGAUAUUUUUUUUCUUUUGUGAAGAUUUCCAGCUAACCGCUCAAGUUGAAUUACUCAUCUCCAAAGAGGCAAUUUCUCAGAACAAAGCAUUUUGCACCUCACCUUGAUGUUACAUUCAGCCUAAUAAGUUUUCCCCCUCGUCCCCUCAUCUAUUUGCUGUAACACCAUAUUCACUUUGAGCAUCAUCUUGCAACAGCAUUAACUGUUUCUGUACAUGAAAUGCCUGCACAGUGCACACCAAGACAAAUAUUUAGUCAGACUACAUAUUACAUGUCGAAAUUCAAGGAAGUAUCACGAGGUGGAGUUAGCGGAACUGAUCGAUGCUCACUACUCAAACAAACCUGAGUAAAGAAGUGUCCAGACUGCAAGGUUAUUAAUAAAAAAAAGCCUGUUAUGGUUUGAAUACACUAUGUAAAUGAAAAUAUUGAGACACAGCUAUGAUGUAAAGGAUCAUUCCAUGCUUCUAAUGUGUCCCCAUGCACAGAGCGAGGUCCUGCUUUGAAGAGUUUACUAUUAUACCAUCCAUCCAUACGUUUUCUACCGCUUGUCCCUUUCGAGGUCAUAUAACCAUUAACUCUCAAGGGACAAAAGCUGGCUUUUUUGUUCUUUCAGUCAUUUUUGUGAUAUAUUUUUGACCAUCAUCUUUUUGUUUUUUACCCUAAGAGUUGAAAUUUCAAUUUCCAAUUCUUUCACAGGUAAAAUAGAUGUUCGAUACACCACAUAUUCCACAAUGACCCAAAGCAGGGGCGAAUAGAACAAAAUAUACAGUAAAAAACAGGACAUAUACAGUCCUUUAUUUUUCAAAGGGCAUAAAACAUUUAGGAUUAUUUUUAUUUUAUUUUACUUUUUUGCCCACAUAACUCAAUCAAUGUCAGCCAUGAACAAAAAUACCAAACAUGGGGUGGGGUGUAAGCCCUAAAAAGCUUUAUGAUCAAACAAUUAGUAAGGGUGCUGAAAAAUGUAUUCACAUCCGAAUCGCAAUUCUUAUAUAUUCGGAUUCUAAAUCGAUUCAGAAUUUUCUAAAAUGUAUAAAAAGGUUUUAUUUUUUGGUUAAAGGCUAAUUUUUUUUCAAAUAUGUUUUUUAUGCCAUAUCGGUGUUUACUUGAUGUGUGUAUGUCAUAUGUCGGUAUGUGACCUGUUUUAUCAUAUUGUUUUCUCCCUAAUGAUAUAUUGCAAACACUGGUCAAAUCUGAAUUGAAUCAUGAGUUGAUGUAAAAAUCAAUUGCACAUAACCAAUUUAAACCUGUAAUAUUAUCUGAUCUAAAGGACUUCAAAACGGUCAAAAUAAGAAAAAAAUGCAUGUUUGAUAUUUUUGUUCAGGAUUGAUUUGUAUUGAGGAAAUUAAAUAAAAAAAACUUACGCCCUUCAAAAACUAAAGGCUUUUAUGUCCAGUUUGGCUUCAAAGAUAAUUAAAAUGGAAUGUCCCCAGAUAGUUAAAAACAUUUAAGGCACCUACCCCAACAUCUCAGAAAGUCUUCCCAGAAGCUGUUAUAGACACAAAGAGAUGACUAACUCCACCCUAUCUUCCUUUGUUCCACAAUGGCGAUGUGUCCCGAUAUUUUUGCCCAUAAAAUGUGUCAAGCGAUCUGCUGUAAUAUUUUCAAAUCCCAGACACACAAGAUGGUAGUGCUCUGAUGUGUUGUAUAGAAUGUUUGUUUUUUGGAAAGGUGUAACGCUCGUGCACUAAACGACCACAUGAGUCAAGCCAAUUGUGUGCUCAGCGAGAUCAGCGCUUCCAUCUUGUUGCAAGAACGUUCCAUCUUGUUGCGUUUUUGAUCCAUGUUAUUUGCAGACCUCCAUGCCCUUGAAGUGGAGCUGAGGAUCCACUGUUUUUGCACUAGUACGCCCUUUAAAGAGUUCCGCUUCUUAACUAGACUAGCCCCGUCUUACAUGAAGACGUUCAUGUCGCAUUUUUUUCAAUCAGUGUUGACUAAUCGCAGUCAGGACUGGAAAGAGAGCGGUGGCGACUGUGUCACGUAUCUGCAGUUUUCGGUGUUGUUUUCAGUCCAUCUGUGCAACAAGAUCUCCUCCUCUCAGGCAACUUUAAUGGGAUUUCCGCCCGCUUUGAACUCAACAGGGUGACCCUUGUAUUGUCUUUGGUGCUCCGAUGCAGAUGUGAGGCAGUUGUAUUCACACCAUCACUGGCUGUGCAAAUUGAAGACUUGUUAUUAUUGUUGAAAUACACUGUCGAAGAUUUUAUUUUUCCACUGAUGAACACAGGCCAACUUUUGGACCCACGGAGCAAUAUAUUAAUGACUUGCUCCUAACAAUGUGUCAAGUUGAUCAUUUUUAGGGGUUUCCUUUGUUAUCCGCAUAUCUCAGGGACAAGGUUUUGAGGGCCGCCGGGGACCUUGAGAUUCAGUUACAGUGUUGCCCCCGCCCCCAUGACGAAACCUCGUCUCCAGGGGUGGUUACUUAGUUUUUUUUAAUCCCGAUUACUUCAAACAAAGGUACAGUUCAAGCAGGGAGCCAGAGGCGUACUUGUCGUGUGCUGUUGGUGACGGGGGCUACGGAGUGUGUAGUUAGGAGGCGUGCGACGUGCACUGAAUGUUGUUGUAGUUUCCUGCGGAUCCUCAACGCUGAGCCAGUUAUCGUAGUGCCCCGUGCCAUCACUGGAAGUCCUCUUCGUACCACUCCUUUAAGAUACACCUCUUGUUCAUUAGUUCACUUUCUUUGUAAUUUAUUUCUUUGACUUUAUAUUUAUUUUUUAUUUUUUUUAAUAUUUGCCUCUUUCUACUGUAGACACGUGUGUGUGUGUGUGUGAUCGAUUCUUGUUAUUUUAAGUUCUAGCCUUUGACUUAUUCCAGGUUGUCUGACAUGAAGAGCAGCAGUUUGGUAAAAAAAAAAUACAAAUUGACUUUAAUGGGCUAAGUUUGCAUCGGCCAUAUUGGAUGUUGCAUUGCAGGCUAAAUUGGAUUUGGUUAUUCACUACAGUAAUUUCCGGACUAUAGAGCACACCUAAAUAUAAGCCAUUUGGACUCAUUUUAUUUCGUGCAUAUAUUGACCACAAACGUCAAUAGACAACAGGUACACACAUUGAAACAUGAAAUAUUUACACAGGCGUUUGUGUUCAUUCACACAUGACACAAAAGACAGUGUCUAACACAACAUACAGUAGCCUACUGGGCAAGUCAUUGAGCGCUCUCGUCACCCUUCUGUGUGCGCUGCGGUCGCCUUCUUCAGUGUGGAAGUUGCUUUGUGUGCUGUUUUGUCUGCCGUGUUUUCGCUUUCACUUUUGUCUCCAGGCGCCCGUUGCGGUUGAAGGAUUUACGUUCUGUGCGGUGGCUGUUUACCUUUUCCAUGGCCGGGUCGAUCGCCUUUGGUUUUAGGGCAGAGUCGUGUGCAUUUCGUGGGGUCUUCUCCAUGA